GCCAAUCCACACCGUGCAAACUCCGCCCGGCCAAUAAAAUUGAAGGCGCUGCCCGCCAUACGCCGCUGCGAUUGGUGUAUAAUCCCGGAACAGGCGUUACCCGGGAUGGCAGUGGCAAGAUGGCGGCUCUGGAUCGGGUGAAGGUGCUUGUGUUGGGAGACUCAGGUGUUGGGAAAUCUUCCCUAGUCCAUCUUCUAUGCCAAAAUCAAGUGCUGGGAAAUCCAUCCUGGACUGUGGGCUGCUCUGUGGAUGUCAGAAUUCAUGACUACAAAGAAGGAACCCCGGAAGAGAAGGCCUACUAUGUAGAAUUGUGGGAUGUUGGCGGCUCUGUGGGCAGUGCCAGCAGUGUGAAAAGCACAAGAGCGGUAUUCUACAACUCUGUAAAUGGGAUUAUUUUAGUACAUGACUUAACAAAUAAGAAGUCAUCCCAAAACUUGUAUCGUUGGUCACUGGAAGCUCUAAACAGGGAUUUGGUGCCAACUGGAGUCUUAGUGACAAAUGGGGAUUACGACCGGGAACAGUUUGCUGAUAACCAAAUCCCACUACUGGUGAUAGGGACUAAACUGGACCAGAUUCAUGAAACUAAACGUCAUGAAGUUUUAACUAGGACUGCUUUCCUGGCUGAGGAUUUCAAUGCAGAAGAGAUAAAUUUGGAUUGCACAAAUCCACGGUACUUAGCCGCAGGCUCUUCCAACGCUGUCAAGCUCAGUAGAUUUUUUGAUAAGGUCAUAGAGAAGAGAUACUUUCUAAGGGACAGUAACCAGAUUCCAGGCUUUCCUGAUCGAAAAAGGUGUGGGGGAGGAACGUUGAGGAGCCUUCAUUAUUACUGAAUUACACUUAUCCUGGGGAAGACUGAGCAAGCAGUGGCCGUGUUCACAGCUUUCCUCUUGCUGUGUCAGUUAUUGACAUCACAGCCUUUUAAUCAAAUCAUCUUAAAGUGCGAGCCUUCAGCCCUCACCCUCUAAUGGAAAAAUGAAAAGAAGUGACAACGUGGGAGGUGCGGACUUUUCCCUGGCUCCCUCUGCUCCUCACCUUUCUGUCCCUGUUUAUAGAUUCUGUAAAAGCCUUGUAGAAAUA